AUGGUCGCUACUGUUAGACACCCUGCUCCUUCUUUCACUAAGACUGCCGUCGUUAACGGUCUCUUUGAGGAAGUUUCCCUCGAGCAAUACAAGGGCAAGUGGGUCGUUCUCGGCUUCUUCCCUCUCGCUUUCACCUUUGUCUGCCCUACUGAGAUUAUUGCCUUCUCCGAGGCUGCUGCCCAGUUCAAGGAGCGCAACGCUGAGGUCCUCCUUGCUUCCACUGACUCUGAGUACUCUCUCCUUGCCUGGACCAAUGUCGCUCGCAAGGAAGGUGGUCUCGGCCAGAUUGAUAUCCCCCUUGUUGCCGACACUAACCACUCCCUCUCCCGUGACUAUGGUGUCCUCAUUGAGGAGGAUGGUGUUGCCCUCCGUGGUCUCUUCAUCAUCGACCCCAAGGGUACCGUCAGACAGAUCACCAUCAACGAUCUGCCUGUUGGCCGUUCCGUCGAUGAGACUCUCCGUCUCAUUGAUGCUUUCCAGUUCACUGAGGAACAUGGUGAGGUCUGCCCUGCCAACUGGCACAAGGGUGAUGCUACCAUGAUUGCUGACCCUGUCAAGUCUAAGGAUUACUUCUCCAAGGCUAACUAA